AUGACUUUACGUGUCACAUCCACGCUUCUACGGCGUACAAGCUCAUUGAGAAAAACAGUCGCUACCGUUCGAAAGACUUGGGAUUCUUCUCCUUUACAUAAUAAUGACGACGCGACGUACGGCUCCAAUGAAUUUAUUCAUCGACAGUUUUUUGUCGAUGACAAUUAUCAAGCAAUUAUCAAAUGUCUUAAUGAUGGUUAUCAAGUAUGCAAAGACAUUCUCAGUUAUCUACAAGCAUAUCACGAUCUACAACAUCAACAUGCUGAAAAGCUUUCAUCAUUUACAACUGAAUGGAUUGCGAAAUUAAACCAGCAACCAACGAUCUCAUCGUAUAACACAACAAAACGUGCUCAAACUAAGAUCAUUCGUUCACCAAAUAAACUCGCUCAACUAAUUGAAGUCCGCUGUAAAGAUAUGCAACAAGUUAUAGAUACCUUUCGUGGACAAGUCGAACGAUUGUAUCCAAAAGAACGUUUAAGUCCUGUUCAUAAACAUUAUCGAGCUGAACAAGUAAGACGAUCAUUCAAAGCAGCUCGUGCUUCUGUACUCAAGCUUUCCGAAACACUCGAAAAACUCCAUGAACAAGAAGAACAAGCCAAAAAUGCCCUACACGUAGCUGAUGUUCAAUGUGAAAACCUUAGUCUCGAUCCAACGGCCAGUGCAAAAAAAGUGACCAAAGCGAAUGAUAAUCAAGAAAAACGACAACUGGAAUUGGAAGCUAUUCAAGAUCAAAUUGCACGAACGGAAAAACAAUAUGCUCAAGAACAAGAGACCUACAAAGAAAGGGCCAUGGAAAUUUACAAAGAAUGUCGACAAUACGAACAAGAACGAUUAGACCAAAUUCGCGACAUAUUGAUUAGCUUUACUCAAGCUGCUCAUACACCGGAUUACUCCGACGGUCAAGAUGAAAUCUUCGACGAUCUUAUCGAACAUAUCAAAACCCAACAGAAUUCUCUUGAAGAUCUGGACUUUUGGGCGAAAGUGUAUGGUGUGACUCCAGCGGAGAAAGCAACAUCAUUCGAGCAGGCAAAUGAUGAAAGUAAUACAACCACCAUUGAAUCUCGAAAAACGAAGAAAUCUUCGAAAAUUGAUAAUGACGUUUCCAGUGCAACAGCAGCUAACACACACCAAUCGAUUGACGAAGACGAAGGCGAACAAUCAACAACCAAUUCGAACAAAAACAAACAAACAAAAGUGAAGAAAUCAACAUCUGUUGAUAAGAAAAGCAAUUCAACCAGCGAAUCAACCACCACAAAAAUCUCUUAG